GCCUGUGGCAGAAAGUAACUGUCAAAUGCGCGGCUCAUUUAAUAAGAGCAAUCAGUCCAGCUCCGGGAGUCAUGGCGACUACAGCGUCCAGUCAUUACAAUAUUCUCACAUCCAGCUCGUCCAUCGUGCACUCGGAGCCCGGGAGCAUGCAGCAGGCAACCGCGUACAGAGACGCGCAGAGCCUGUUGCAAAAUGACUAUACAGCGCAUAGCAGUAGUCAUCCGCUAAGCCACGCACACCAGUGGAUAAGUGCGCUCUCACACGGGGACGGGACCCCGUGGUCCUCCAGCCCACUCAGCGAGCAAGACAUAAAGCCCUCGGUGCAGGGUGGCAGAGAGGAACUGCACAGUUCAAGCAGUCUGCAGCAUCAGCCGCGACUGUCUCACACGGUGCACCAGCCGCAUGGGAACCAUCAUGACGCAAGGGCAUGGAGAACAAGCACAGCCGCGCACACACCGAGCAUGGCAACGACGAACGCGCAGACCCUUGUCUAUUCCCAGCCUGGUUUCACCGUGAACGGUCUUAUUCCGAGCGGCGGACAGGGUAUGCACCAUCACGCACUGAGAGAUGCCCAGGAAGACCACCACAGCCCCCACCUCAGCGAUCCCGGCCGCCAGCCGUCCCAGCACCAGAGCCAUCACGAUCACUCAGACGAGGACACACCGACCUCGGAUGACUUGGAGCAGUUUGCUAAGCAAUUUAAACAACGUCGAAUCAAGCUGGGAUUCACGCAAGCCGACGUCGGACUGGCCCUGGGAACCCUGUAUGGAAAUGUCUUUUCUCAGACUACGAUCUGCAGGUUCGAGGCUCUGCAGCUUAGCUUUAAAAACAUGUGCAAACUCAAACCUUUGUUGAACAAGUGGUUGGAAGAGGCGGAUUCCACGUCAGGGAGUCCGACUAGCUUGGACAAGAUAGCCGCACAGGGGAGGAAGAGGAAAAAGCGGACCUCUAUAGAGGUAAGCGUGAAGGGGGCUCUAGAGAGCCAUUUCCUUAAGUGCCCAAAGCCCGGGGCGUCGGAGAUUACUUCACUGGCGGACAGCCUACAGCUGGAAAAGGAGGUUGUAAGGGUUUGGUUUUGUAACAGACGCCAGAAAGAAAAACGGAUGACGCCUCCCGGAGGACCGCUGGGAGCUAGCGAGGAUGUUUAUGGGGACACGCCGCCCCACCACGGAGUCCAAACGCCGGUGCAAUGAACAAAUAUCAACAAUUGAUACAUUUGUAUUAUGCUGUUUUGUCCCUGUACUGAUCCAAGAUGUGGACUGCAGAAGAUGAUUCGGUUAUGUCUGAUCAUCACUAUGCCUCGCAGUAAGAAAUCUCUAGAAUAUCAGCCGCGGAGAGGAAGACUUUGCUUCAAGAACUAAGAGAGAAAAUGUCCUGUGAAGAUUCCCAACACUGUGACACUAUGGCCCUGUUGUUACUGGCGUAUGCGAAAUAAACCUGACCUUUGUGCUUCGC